AUGCGUUUCGCUCCUCUUGCAGCGACCGUCGCGUCCCUGGGCGUGGCCAGUGCUGCGGCUAUCAAGCCCAAGGACACUGCUCUGCGGGCUCGCGAUACCUGCUCGGAUGUCGAGUUCACCGGCGAGGUCUUGCACCUCUCCUUGAACAUUAUCGAAUACCCUGUUGUGGUUGAUGUUCAGCUCGAGGAGGAUGCUAUCAUCACCGUUGACAACACCAUUCUCAUCGAGGCUACGAAUGCGCCCACUCACCUGCACACUACGGUGAUGGCCACUUCUACUUCUACUGUCACCAAGACGAUUUCCACGGCUACCAUUACUGCUGCUGCUGGCGAGGCUACUGCUGGUUCUGGCUCUGGCUCUUCCAGCUCUGGCUCUUCUAACUCUGGCUCUUCUGGCUCUGGCUCUUCUAACUCUGGCUCUUCUGGCUCGUCCGGAUCUUCCAGCUCGGGCUCCUCUGGAACGACGACCAUCCGCGGCGUCUCCACCACCGCGACCCGGACCUACACCACGACGCUGGCCUCGAUCACAGCCACCCAAGCUGCGGGCGAGUUCACCGACUGGAGGAAGUUCAAGGCCAACGGCGUGAACCUGGGCGGCUGGCUGGAGCAGGAACAGGUCUUCGAUCAGGUGUGGUGGGACUCGUACGCUCCCAACGCGACCGACGAAUGGACCUUCUGCAAGACCCUGGGCUCGCAGUGCGGGCCUGUCCUCGAGGAGCGCUAUGCCACCUACAUCACCACCGACGACAUUGACCGCGUCGCCGCAGUCGGCGUCAACACCCUCCGCAUCCCGACCACCUACGCGGCCUGGGUUCAGGUCCCCGGCUCGCAGCUCUACCACGGCAACCAGCAGACCUACCUCCGGCACAUCGCGACCUACGCGAUCGAGAAAUACCACAUGCGGGUGAUCAUCGGCCUGCACUCGCUCCCCGGGGGCGUGAACAGCCUGGACAUCGGCGAAGCCGCGGGGCACGACGGGUGGUUCUUCAACACGACGAACCUGCAGUACAGCUACAGCGCGGUCAGCGCAGUGGUGGACUUCAUCGCCAGCACGGGCACGAACGCAUGGGCGUUCACGCUGGCCCCGCUCAACGAGGCCUCGGACAACCCGGCGGGCUUCGCCAGCCCGGAGACGCUCACGGACGCCGGCACCGCGUGGAUCGUGCAGUACACGAAGGGGGUGCUGGAGCGGAUCGCGGCCAGCGCCGUGCCGGCCGUCCCCGUCAUGCUCCAGGACUGCUUCCUGGGCGAGGAGCACUGGUCCGGCCACUUCGACGCGGCCGCCAACCUGGUCUUCGACACCCACGUCUACUACUUCGCCGCCUCCGGCGUGUACUCGCAGUGGGCGCAGGGCGCCAUCUGCGGCCAGGCCAGCGUGCUGGGCGGCGACGGCAAGUUCCCCGUCUUCGUGGGCGAGUGGGCCCUCCAGACCCUCUACAGCAACACCUACGCCAACCGCCGCACCCUCUUCGAGACCCAGCGCUACGCCUGGUCCUACUAUGUCCAGGGCGGCAGCUUCUGGAACAUCAAGCACAAGUCCACCGCCAAGGUCGACGGGCAGGGCACCCAGCAGGACUACUGGAGUUACGAGCUGUUGUUGGAUGAGGGGCUGACGCUCUUCGAGGUCCCGUUCCUCGAAACCCUCGACGUCUGGGUUCGGGGUCGGGGAGCGAUGGAAGAUGGUUUGUCAGAUGUAAGUUAG